AAUUCUCGAUUCCGAACCCUUUCUCUAUCGGAAGCUCUGCAACAGAAGGGAGUGUGUGUAGAGAACAAACCAAAACCCAAAACCUUUAAGUGAGAUAUGGAUAUACCGCUGAUGAAAAACCCAAUGGACGACUUGUUCGGCGAAGACUCCGACAACGACUCACGAUCCUCGCGUUCGAAAUCCUCCUCUUCCGGCAAUGCUUCCUCCUCCUCGUCUGGCUCAGCUUCCUCUUCCGGAGCUUCUUCCUCUAAAGGCGGAGAUGGAGAUGGAGACGGUGGUGGUGCUGAUUCCAGCAGCUCAAGCGAUAGCGGAAGCAGCGGCGGGAGAGAAGAGCGUGGAGAUGACAGAGUCGAUAGCUAUAGGAACAACGAUAAUGUAGAUAUUGGAAGCUACCCUUACUAAGAAGAUGAGAGAGAUCUUUUUGGGUCUGAUAAUGAAGAGUACACUAACACUCCUGCUUUAAGCACUUACUCAAUCCCUGUUUUGCCUGCGGGAUGGAGCAAUGACAACAACGGUGGGAGAGGAGGGAUGGGACGUGGGCGUUGGGGAAAUGGGAGAGGAGGAGCUGGGCUGCUUCCUCGCCCUGGGCCUUUCCCUGGAGGACGUGGAGGCCGCGGUGGGUUUGUUGGGAGAUACCAGAAUUAUCAGCGUGAUGAGCGUUUUGUUUCCGAGCUUAAACUUUCGAAAAGCAAAGAGACAUUGUCUAGAAAAUCAACCGUCUUUCAGGAGCCAUGUGAGCUUACUAGCUACAGUCGUGUAGAAGGUGGAGAAGUGUUCUUUGAUGAGCGAGGAUUGAGGCUUUUCAAGCGUCAUGUUUCUGAAGACAUUGGAGCGGAUUUAAAUCAAGGUUAUGAUACUUUUAUUGAGAAAAUAGAUCUGGGCUCUGAGGGCUUUGGUGACUUUCUUGCCAGCAUUAGAGCAAAAAACAUUUCGUUGGAGAACAUUCAUUUUGUGACAUUCCGUAAUAAUCUAAACAAGAUACUGGGCGCUGCUUACAACCUGCACGAACCGUGGGAGAUGGGUGUGCAUAAGAGGAACGGGACCAUUUAUCUUGAUGUGCAUAAGCUGCCUGAAAGGCCACAGAGUGACUUAGAUCGCCGCAGAUGUUACUGGGGUUACUGUUUCGAAAGCCUUGCGACGGAAGAUCCAGGGAGAGCUUAUGGGGAAGACAUACAUCACGUGGAUGCAAACGUUGAAUUUGUAUCUGUUGUCAAGACUAAACUCGGAGCUCACCGUGUUCUCAUGGGUGCUGAAAUGGAUUGCUGCGACGAAACUGAUGAAGGAAGGAGGAUUUAUAUAGAGUUGAAAACAUCUCGUGAGUUGGAUGAUCGUACGGUAGAGAGAUUUGAGAGAGAGAAACUGCUUAAGUUCUGGAUACAAUCAUUUGUAGCAGGAGUGCCAUAUAUUCUCGUUGGAUAUAGAGAUGAUGGAGGGAGACUAGUACGCACAGAGAGACUGAGAACAAAAGAUAUCGCACACAGAGCCAGACUGAAAAACUAUUGGCAGGGAGGAGUGUGUUUGGCAUUUGCUGAUGAGGUUCUUUGCUGGCUCUACGGCACUGUUAAAGAGAACGAAGAUUACACACUACAGUUCGUGCAUCCAUUCAUGAGGCUAGAGCUUCUUCAAGCUCAGUCAUGUCCUGACGCCAUCACUAAUCAUGUUCACCUUCUUCAACAUCCUUCAUCACCACCACCACCACCUUCCUCCUCAGUAACUCCUUAAUGUAAUCAUUUAUAAUCUUGUAGUACUUAGUUUUUCCAAAAUCAAAUUUCCUUUUUUAUACAAAGUUUUUGAUUUUGGAUUCCUCUUGUAACAUUACCAACACCAAACAAUGAAAAAAAAUA